CGAACUUGGCACGAACGCUCAUCAUCCUCCUCCUCAAAUCAAUGCGCUAGACCUGCGGACUCUUUCCUCGUCGCCACGAUGCGGUUGAUAUUGUUGUUCCACUUGCUUUUAUCCCUCGCUCCCUUCACGGCAUGGGCGGCCGUGCUCGCCAUAGACUAUGGAUCAGACUGGACGAAAGCGUCCCUCAUGGCCCCGGGAGUACCGUUUGACGUGCUGCUGAACAAGGACUCGAAGCGGAAGAUACAAUCCUCGAUAGGAUGGAAGCAGUCGGACAGAUUAUUUGGGACGGAUGCGUUCAACUUGGCUUCCCGGUUCCCUCAAGACUCCUUCUCCUCAGUCAAGCUCCUCCAGGGUGCCCCAUACAAGUCUGACGCGGUCGAAUUCUACAAGAAAAUCUCGUCCGCGGACGUGGUCGAGAUGGACAGACACACGGCCGCCCUCCGACGAAGCGACGGCACGGAAUGGUCGGUCGAGGAGCUCAUCGCGAUGGAGUUCGCCUACGUGAAGCACCUGGCCGAGGGCGUCGCGGGCGAGCCCGUCACAGACGUCAUCGUCACCGUCCCGCCAUACUACACCCAGUUCGAGCGCGACGCAGUCGUGGACGCGAUCGAGAUCUCCGGCCUGCGCACGCUGGCCCUCAUACAUGAUGGCACAGCAGUCGCAGUAAACUACGCCAUGACACGCACCUUCCCCAAGCCCGAGAACCACGUCAUUUUCGAUGCCGGAGCGUCCUCGAUUCGCGCCACGGUCGCACGGUUUGAGACGAUCAACGACGCGACGCAGAUUACAGUCACUGGUGUGGGCUAUGACAGAACCGUCGGUGGCACGGAACUGGAUAGGAGGCUACGGGAACUGCUAGUCGAGGCGUUCACGUCCAAGCACAGGCAAGACAUUCGCGGCAACGCACGCGGUAUGGCACGCUUGUGGAAGGAAGCUGGCAGGGUGAAGGCGAUUCUUAGCGCGAACACAGAAGCGUUUUCGUCCGUUGAAAGCGUCAUUGGCGACGUGGACUUCAAAACGAAAGUCACUCGAUCGUCUUUCGAGGCGAAGUGCUCUGACCUGAAGGGGAAGUUUGCGCAGCCCAUUCUGGACGCUAUAAAGAAUGCCGACCUGACUCUGAACGACAUCACCUCCGUGAUCAUGACGGGCGGAAGCAUGCGAACGCCUAUGAUCCAGGCUGCUGUGAAAGCAGCUGUCGGCGAAGACAAGCUUGCGUACAACGUCAACGCCGACGAGUCCGCGGUCCUGGGCGCAGCUCUCUACGGUGCGAGCCUCAGUCGCCAGUUCAAGACGAAGAACAUCAAGAUCUCGGACAUCAACGUGCACGACGUGCAGGCCACGUACUUCGCGGCCGCCACCGCGGCGAACGCUAAGCCUAGGACGAUUACGACAGUCGUGUACCCCGCUGGCUCGAAGUUGGGCUCAAAGAAGACGAUGACAUUCAAGCGGAAGGAGGACUUCAACAUCUUCUUGGACUACAAGAACCAGGUCGCGCCUGGCUUCGCUACCCGCAUGCUUGAAGCCGAGCUCACUGGCGUCCAAUCCGCCAUCGCGAACCUCACUGAGCGCGGCGCCGCCGACCCAGUUGUCAAGGCUACCGUGACGCUCUCCGACUCUGGCUUCAUCGCCGUCAAGGACGCCAUCGCCUAUGGCGAAGUCAAGGACGAUAGUCUCACAGGGAAAUUGAAAAACCUCUUUGGCGCAGGUUCGGGCUCGUCUUCGGAGGAAGCAUCGACCGAGGGCGAGACUGCGACGGAUGCGUCUGCGUCUCCGAGUGCGACUGGGACGGGCGCGACACUGCAAGAGACGAUCUCGCUGAAUAUCACGACGAAGUUCCCUGUGCAUGCGCCGAUGUCGGUGGACGAAAAGAAGAAGGCACGAUCAAGGUUGCGGAUGAUCGACACGGAAGAGGCCGCCAAGAACAGGCGCGAAGAAGCUCGCAACUCGUUCGAGUCCUACCUCUACCGCCUCCGCGAUCUGCUUGACGAAGAUAACGACGAGACGCCCUUCAUGAAGUGCUCGCAGGCUAGGGAACGCCUCGCCCUGCAGGAGCAGCUGGACAAGGCCUUCGAAUGGCUGCACGAGUACAGCGACGUCGCCGAGACGUCGCAAUUUUUGGAUCAGCGGAGCAUCCUUGAGGUCCUCGAGAAGCCCAUCAUUCACCGCUACCAGGAGAUCGAGGCUUUCCCUCAGGCGCUCAACAACAGCCAGAUGUGGAAUUGGUCCACGCGCCUCUUCCUCACAGAGGCGAAGCAGAACCUCACCGCGGAAGAGGAGGCCGGCGUGCCCUCCAAGUGGACCCGUGAGGAGCUCGCCGACCUCGAGAAGACGCUCAAGGACCACGAGAAGUGGCUCGCCGAGUGGGUGGAGAAGCAAAAGUCCGUCCCGCCGAAUCAGGACCCCGUCAUUGAGACUGCAGAGAUGCGCGCGCGUGCCAAGGUGCUUGAGCAGCACCUGCAGAAGCUGUGGAAACGAAAGGCGCCGAAGCCGAAGAAGACGAAGGCGAGUGCGCCGCCGGAGCCCAGCAAGACCGCGGAGGCGCCGCCAGAGCCGGAGCAGGAUCCUGAGGGGACGCCGGGGCAGCAGGAGCCGAUACAGGCGACGCCAGACCAGCAUGACGAGCUGUAGGCGAUCUAGAGUUGAUGCGUAUUUAUGUAGUUCUGGACAAGACCCAUGCCCUGGUGGAAACAUACUGGACGUACCCACGUGGUACAUGUAAUGGCAAACCCCCGUUGCUUGAUCCCGAAUCAAGUGCUAUUCAGCGGAAGCUCAGGAAUGCUACUGUGAAAUAGCUGCGACGCAGUAGUAGCACUGUAGGAGCGCGUCCCUACAUGCACCUGUCUCAAGGCGUUCUUGCAUAGUUUUUGCGAGCAACAUCUUCUAUGUCUUCCUCUGACAACGGAGUCUAUCUAAGACUGUCGCGGGUGCGCUUAACCGUUCGAAGCA